AAAGAAAAGAAAUGGAAGCAGUCGCAUCGCACGACCUCUCUCACGAUCAUCUUCCCUCCGCUCCUGCAGAUACGGCCACAAGCUUCCUUGCCGAAGAGAAGACUUUAGACGGGGCCUCGUCUGAGGGCAACCAACAGCAUGCUCUCGCCGGCAUGUGCGCGCAUGAUGGAGACUCGAUGCGAUCAUGUAGCCUCUGUGGAGAGACGGGGCACAACAGGAGGACUUGUCCGAAGCCUCCGAACGUCGAAAUGUUGGAUAAGAUUGGUCUAGGCAGUAAACCGAUCCCUUACAAGCGUCCUGAGGUGGAAGGAGACGUCGGCAAAGGAGUCUCUUUCAGCCAGUUCAACGUGGGAAACGUGAACGCCCCAUUCUCGUACCUCCAGGCCUUCGCUGUUGGGACGGGCCUCAUGAACAACCCGCAGACAUCUUCCCAGCUGGCCGGCGGACUCCUCCAGCACUCCAACCUGAUGAUGUCGCCAAAUGGCAGAGUCGUUCCGAUCUCAACUCCGGACGGAGGAUCCAACUCUGAAGAAAUGGUCAAGGCCGCGGAAGAAGCUGAGCGGCAAGCGAAGGAGAGGACGGCAGCGGCUUUAGAGAGAAAGAGAAUAGCUGAGGAGAUGCUCGAGACAGCUCUGGCUGAGGCGCAAGUUGCGGAGAGGAAGCUUGAAGAAGCUCUUGCUCGCAAGGCCGCACUCUUGGGAGUGCCUGUUGGCUCCUUGUCAGGAGACAAGUCUGAUGCCGAGCACGGAGCGGAGCAUGCUGGGAUGCACAACACAGACAACGACUCAGACUCAAAUAAACACAACACAGCCAACAAGAGGAGCAGAAGUGCGUUCCAGGUGGACGGAGAGCAGCGCGGUCGCGUGUUGAGGUCGCGGGGCCAUUGA